UUAUAUUUAAAUUCUGACGGUGUAUGCUGCCAUGUUAAUUUGACGUCAGUCCGUAAACUGUGAAGAAACGUUGAGAAGACUAGUCAGAGUUCACGAAUAGGUAUCUGGAGUUGAGGGGCUUUUUUCUUUAGCCUUUCUGGUCGGAGGUUGGGAAUUACACGUUACCAUCUCUGGUCGAAUGCAGAUCAGUCUGAAGAGAAUUCUGAGUCUGAAGAGUCACCGACGUCUUUGUGGAUCUGCGCUUAGAUCACCUUAGAAUUCGUCAGUUAAUGUUAAAACUACAGACACAACAGAAUGACAGACGGUUCAGGACUGCACUUUGUGAGCCCUUAUGCUUUUGAGGCCAUUCAGAAGGUGGAUGUGAUUCGACUGGCAGCUCUAAGUGAUCCAGAGCUGAGGCUUUUGCUGCCGUGCCUGGUGAGAAUGGCGCUCUGUGCUCCUGCUGAUCAAAGCAAUGCUUGGGCUCAGGAUAAGAAGCAGAUCCUGCGCCUGCUCUCUGGUGUGGAGGCAGUGAACUCUAUAGUGGCACUGCUUUCGGUGGACUUCCAUGCUCUGGAGCAGGAUGCCAGGAAAGAGCAGCAGCUUAGGCAUAAGGCAGGUGGGUCAAACAGUGAGAGUAUCCUAGUCUCUCAGUUACAGCAUGGUCUAGCCCUGGAGUUUGAACACAGUGACCCUCUUAGGAGACUUAGACUGGUUCUCAGUGAGCUGCUGGCCAUCAUGAACAAGGUAGCUGACCCCAAUAGGGAGUUUUUUCUCAAGUCAUCUGAACUAUUUGAAAGUCCAGUGUACUUGGAGGAGGUUGCGGACGUUCUUUGCAUCCUUCAAGCAGAGCUGCCCUCUUUAUUGCCAGUCGUAGAUGUUGCUGAGGCCUUACUGCAUGUGCGAAAUGGGGAGUGGUUUCUUUGCCUCCUUGUUGCCAAUGUCCCUGACAGCUUCAACGAAGUAUGUCGUGGUCUUAUAAAGAGUGGUGAAAGGCAAGAUGAGGAGAGUGUGGGUGGGAGACACAGGACUGAGGCUCUAAGGCAGCUGUGCCAGAUGAACCCAUCUCAAGCUUUUAACAUCAGAGCCAUGGUGGUGGAGGAGUGUCACCUGCCAGGUUUAGGGGUGGCUCUGACUUUAGAUUAUAAGGCAGGCAGUGCAGACAAGGCUGUUAGUCCUUUAGUGUCUUAUGUCAGUGGUCUACUCCUCGGCACAAACAGCAAAGUGCGCACAUGGUUUGGCAUGUUCAUCCGCAAUGGGCAACAGAGAAAGAGUCAGAGUAGUUCAGUUUUGUGGCAAAUGCGGAGGCAGCUGCUGUUGGAACUGGUAGCCAUCUUGCCUUGCUCACACAGUACACGUGUACUCAAUGACACAAGGCUCAGUCCUGAAAUGAUGGAGGGCAGCUCAGCAUACUCAAGUCUGAGAGAGGAUCAUGUGGUGAAAGGCAGUUCAUUGCUCAGACUUUACUGCGCUCUCAUGGGUAUCGCUGGCCUCAGACCCACAGAUGAGGAGGCUGAGCAGCUACUCCAGCUGAUGACCAGCCGCCCCCCUGCUACGCCUGCUGGAGUCCGUUUUGUCUCUUUGUCAUUUUGCAAAUUACUUGCCUUCCCUACACUUGUCAGUACACCAGAACAAGAGCAGCUGAUGGUGAUGUGGCUCAGUUGGAUGAUUAAGGAGGAAGAAUACUUUGAAAGUGCUGCUGGUGUUUCUGCUUCUUUUGGAGAGAUGCUAUUGCUUGUUGCUAUGUAUUUCCAUACCAACCAGCUCAGUGCCAUCAUUGAGCUAGUCUGUUCCACACUAGGAAUGAAGAUUGCCAUUAAGCCCAGCUCUCUGAACAAAAUGAAGACCAUAUUUACCCAUGAGAUCUUCACUGAGCAGGUGGUUACUGCCCAUGCGGUGAGAGUGGCUGUCACCAGUAACCUGAGUGCCAAUAUUACUGGCUUCUUACCCAUCCACUGUAUUCACCAGCUCCUCAAAAGCAGGGCUUUCACCAAGCACAAAGUCUCCAUCAAGGAUUGGAUCUUUAGGCAGCUGUGUGAGACCACCACACCUCUUCACACUCAACUCCUUCCUCUCAUUGAUGUUUACAUUACUUCCAUUCUUACGCCUGCCUCUAAGGCCCACCCAGAGGCUACCAACCAACCAAUCACAGAACAGGAGAUUCUUAAUGUUUUUGAGGGCCGGAGAUGGGGAGCUGCAGGAAAAGGACAUGUUCAAUAUAGCAUUACCACUCAGCUUCUGAUUCUCUAUUAUAUUCUGUCUUAUGAAGAGGCUCUACUGGCCAACAGCAAAGCACUUGUCUUGAUGCAGAAGAAGCCAAAGUCCUACUCUGCUACCCUGAUGGACCAGAUCCCUAUCAAAUACCUCAUCUGUCAGGCUCAGGGCUUGCAUCAAGAAUUGGGGGGACUGCAUUCUGCUCUGCUCCGUCUCUUAGCCACCAACUACCCUCAUCUGUGCAUGGUGGAAGACUGGAUCUGUGAGGAGGAGGUGACUGGCACUGUUCCCCUCAUGCGCAAGAUGUUGCUCACCAGCCCAUCAUGCAAGUACUCACAUGCCCAGUUGCACAAGGCCUUCCAGAAUAUAAGACUCAGUGGGCACAUACUGCUGCAGAUCCUGGAGUAUUUGACAUUACUGAGUGCAGGGGAUCUGAUCCCCUAUGCGGAGGCCCUGACCACUAACAUGGGCCUGCUGCUAGAGGACAACAUAUGCCGCAGAGUGCUGCAGACUGUUAACAAGCUCUGGAUGGUACUCAAUACAGUCAUGCCUCGAAGGUUGUGGGUGAUGACAGUAAAUGCCUUGCAGCCAUCUGUUAAGCACCUCAAGAAGCAUUGCUACACUCAAAAUGACCUGUUAGUGGACCCUCUAAUUGUAUUACGAUGUGACCCCAGAGUGUUAAGGUGUCCUCCCCUGAUGGAUAUCAUGUUACACAUAUUGAACGGCUAUUUGAAGGCAUCCAAGGCCUACUUGAACGCCCACCUGAAGGAGACUGCCGAAUUUGAGAGGCAGAAUCAAACUAUCUCAAACCUGGGGCUUGCUGGUCAGUCAGAUACACCAGAGGUCACAAGGGAGGAGCUAAAAAAUGCUCUACUGGCUGCACAGGACAGUGCAGCAGUGCAGAUCUUGUUGGAGGUGUGUCUGCCCUCCUCUCAGGAGGAGCAACAACUAAGCAGAACAGGCCCCUGUUUACUAAGGAAUGUACAGUCUGCUUCAGUUCUUCCUGAAAAGGAGAAAGGAAAAGCAGAAGCCCUGUGGGCACCCUGCUGGUCACAGAAGGCCGAAGGCCAACCAGUGGGGGCUAAAGAGGGUGGAUUACUCAGUGACAGCAGGGAAGUACAGUGCCUCAUUUGCUCUCUGCUGCACCAGAUGUUUAUUGCAGAUCCCAACAUCGCCAAACUAGUGCACUUCCAGGGUUAUCCUCAGGCUCUACUUCCUCUGACUGUAGCUGGCAUUCCUUCCAUGCACAUCUGUUUGGACUUUAUUCCUGAGCUGUUGGCACAGCCUCAGCUUGAGAAGCAGAUCUUUGCGAUCCAGCUUCUGUCUCACCUUUGCACACAGUACGCUCUGCCUAAAUCCCUCACUGUGGCACGCCUGGCUAUCAGCGUUAUGGGUACUCUGCUCACAAUCCUAACACGUGCCAAGCGCUUUGCUUUCUUCAUGCCCACCUUACCAUGUUUGGUGUCCAUUUGCUGGGCUUUUCCUCCACUCUACGAUGAUGUGGCAUCCCUGUUGGUGCAACUGGGCCAGGUGUGUGCUGCUGAUGUUGCUGCUAAAGCCUGUGACAUCGACCCAUUUAUUGCUAGACUACAGUAUUUGAGGGAGAAGCCACAGAAUUCACUGGAGCCACAUGUGGGAUUGUUCAAAGUGGCUGUGCCUAAGAGAUCUGCGGAAGAACUGUGUGGAGCUGACCCAGAUGUCCAGCUGUGUUACUGUAUAGAAGCUACCUUCAUGGACAUAAUUAGCACCAGUACCCAGGGAUUGUAAAGAAAAAGUAAGACAAAGUUAGAAAGUCACAAUGGAAUUUAUUUAGACUUUUUUUGGGCUAAUAUUACAUAACUAAAAUGGAUCAUUAUGUUGAUGUGACAAACAUGUCUCGUAGCUACUAAACAAAAUAAUACUUAUUACAAAUAAUAUGUUAAAGCAAAUUAGCGAAGAAAACAUGUAACAUUGAAACAGAAUUGCUUUGGUACUUGAAAUGUAUUAUUUUUACAAGGAUGAUUGUAAUUUUACAAUUUUCAAGUACAGUACAUUUAAGUCCCAUUUGUUUAUAUCUUGACUAUAUAGGGAGUUUAAACAGAGCAUAAAGAACCACUCACCUGAAAAGUAGCUUUGGCAAAAUAGCUUGUAUUCAAUCAUUGCCACAUGUUAUUGGUUUGUUUUCUAGACUACUUUUACAAAUAAUAUUUUCUUUACACCAGGUCAUUUUCUUCCACCUUAUAUUUGAAAAAAUAAUUUUAAUACAAUUUCUUUGUGUGAUUUUGAUUGUUUUGAUACAAAAUGCAUUUUUCCCUUUCCUUACCUUUCCAUGUAGCUGCUUUUGUUCUGUGUUUGUUUUUUAUACUGUGACUUGCUAGUUUAAAUUAAGAUAAACCAUUUCAUAUUUUGUUGGGGAAAAGGGUUAACAUUUGCCUCCUAAAAUAGUUUGUCCUUAAAUAUGGAAAUAGAGAAAUUCUUUAUUUCCUGCCACAUCUUGGCACUCUUAGUACAUUAUAAAACAACUCCCUUGUACAACAAUUAUGGGUUAACAAAGUUCUUAUUACCAUGACUGAUUUCUAUCAUAUUGGUCAUUUCACAGGUUGAUGUAUUCACUGUAUUUUAAAUGUUUUUACGCUGUUUAAGAUGUGCUCAAUUAGCUGUCUUGUUUGUGCCCACAGAUCUGAAAUGUAAUUGGGUCGGGGUCAUGGGAUCAAAGCUUGAUUGGGGGGGGUCAUGUAGAUAUUUUCACAGCUAUUUUGUGUACGAUAUAAUCUCACAAAACAUUUAUUUUGCUGUUUGAUUAAUUUUAUGUGGUUCAAUGACACUUGGUUCCAUAAUAUUUCUCAAAAUUCCAGAGAGAUGUCAAACAAACAAUACCCUCUGAUUGCAUUUUUUGGGCUACAAUAAAAAUCCUUCCAAAAAUA